CAUUUUUAUCUUAAUUCUUCUCUCAAAUAAUAUCUAAUACUAAAAUGAUUGCUCGUGUUAAUAACGUAACAAUCACUACAAUAUUGAUAAUCCUGAACUUUAUAAUAUUAGUUCAUGGUGCAUUAAAAGUACCUUGCUAUUUUAUUUUUGGUGAUUCAUUACUUGAUAAUGGGAAUAAUAACAACCUAAAUACAGAAGCAAAGGCUAAUUAUCCACCUUAUGGCAUUGAUUUCCCCAAUGGACCUACUGGACGAUUCACAAAUGGACGCAAUAUGGCUGAUAUUCUUGGGGAACUGCUAGGGUUUGAUGACUACAUUCCACCUUUUGCAAGCGCAAUUGGUAGGGAGAUCUUGCAAGGUGUAAAUUAUGCCUCUGGUUCGGCAGGAAUUCGUAACGAGACGGGAAGUCAUCUUGGCAAUCGGAUAUUUUUGGAUUUGCAACUUCAAAACCAUCACAACACAAUUUUACGCAUGGUUGAUUUAGUGGGAAAUAGAGUUGCAACCAAUGCACACUUGAACACAUGCUUGUAUAUUGUUGGAAUAGGCAGCAAUGACUACAUCAACAACUACCUUGUGCCCAAACAUUACUCAACAAAUAGUUUGUACACACCAAGUCAAUAUGCAACAUUAUUGGUACAACAAUAUGCUCAACAACUAAAGACUUUAUAUGAAGAUGGAGCAAGGAAAAUAGCCCUAUUUGGAUUGCCCCAAAUAGGUUGCAUUCCACAAGAGUUACAAAAACACAAUACAAGAAAGUGUGUGGAUUCAACAAAUGAGGCAAUCCAACUAUUCAAUGAGAAGCUCAAGUCUCUUGUAACUGAUCUGAAUACCAACUUCCCACAAGCAAAAUUCACCUAUAUAAACAUGUAUAGCAUUUCAUCAAUUAUGAGUACUCUUAGUUUCUUGAAUUAUCCAUGCUGCAAUGUUUCGACAACAACGGCUGAAGGACAAUGUGUUUCUGGACAAGCUCCAUGCCACCUUAGGGCAGCACAUGUGUUUUGGGAUAAUUUUCAUCCUACAGAGAAUGGGAAUGUAAUUGCUAUUAUGAGAGCAUACAAUAGUUUUCUACCUUCAGAUAGUUAUCCUAUGGAUAUUAGUCAUUUGAUUCAAAGUGGAUAAUAGCUGAUCUGAAGUUUAUUGUUAGGACAAAUAGAUUUAUGGUUUAGUCCUAGUAGUCUAUCGGAAAUAGCUAGUCUCUCUAGUUUCUACGUUAACAAGAUAGAGGUAAGGUUGUGUAUACAUCACCUCUCGUGGAAUGGAAUUGCACUGGGUAUGUUGUGUUUUUAGAUUCUUUUGAAGCUUGUAAUGAUCUGUAUGUAAACGAGUUGUUCUCCAAUUUUGGGCUACAACUAAUGGAAAGUCCAAAAUGGUAUGUAAAUGAGUUGUGGAUAUGACUACCUAAACUUUCACUGUAUUGGUGAGGGUUCGUUUCUCACCUUGUAAUCUUCUCCCCUCAUUUCCCCAUCACUGUGAGAUUAUUGGAGAGCUGCUUGCGGAAGAAAUAAGUUCCUCUAGUUAUUCAUGGCUUUCCUAGCGUAAGAGGAAAGCUCGGAAGAGAAAAUAACCCAAUCUAUUCAUUUUGCUACGGGAAAGGGUUAUGCCCGAAUCAGAAGUCAGAGAGCUCUCUUCUCUUCAAGAGCAGCAGACAAAUCAAACCCAUACUGUGUUUAAAAAUUUGGGAGAGCAGAGAUAAGACAAGGUGGUGAAUGACGAAAAGGGAAGGCCCAUCACGUCCUUUUGAGCGUGCAAGUUGUUGGCUAGGAGGACUGGUAAAAGAAUGAAACUUCCAUGGCCAUGG